CACUAACCGGUCAUAUGGAGUAACUAUCACCCAGCACAGUAGGAUUUAUUUUUAAAACGUGUAUUACGUAAUACAGAAAUACUUAAUUAUGACUCACACUUGUAAAUCUUUAACAUAUAAGACCAAAAGAUAAGGAUUUACUAAUUAUCUAUCAACGUGCUUAAUCCCGUUACUGGCCGUUAGUAACACGAUUUAUGUAUAAAUGGUGACUUGGGACAGAAACAAGUACGUUUAGUUUGUUUCACUAAUUUAGCAUAUACGGUACUUAUACACAGUUCUCUAGUCCAUAUAUUUGGCUAAAUAAUCUGAAAGAACCAUGGCAGAGGCGUUUGAUCAGGGAAUUCGUGGAACCUUUCAGAACGUACGGAAUAAUAACACCUUUCAACGAGAGGGGAAGAAGAGUACCCUUAACCGACUUUCGUCCGAUAUUGAUAUUCACCAUUUGGGACGCUUGGUCUAUUCUUUGGACCUAUGCUUACCCGCCUUCAGGGAAGAUGAAAUUAAAAACGCAAAUAGAUUAUUUAAUGAGAAGUCUGGAAUGCUUAGCAGAAAGCUUGAUAACAAUUCAACCGAAUCAAAAUUUACGACCAUCAACUGUAAACAUAACGUACUCAAGAGAGACUCAAAAAGGAAUAGCUGUGAAGUACAUGAUGGGUGCUUCAGUUCGUUGCAGAGUACCAAUGAACUGCAAGGUGACAAGUUCGAGAGUACAAAAUAUGCAGACGUUGUAUCGGGCAUCAGAUGUGGUGAAUGUCCUAACCGACGAUCAAUUGGAAUUUUGCAGACACGAUUUGGGGAAUUGUUCAGAAUCGGUACCCUGGGAAAUAAUGCGUGGACAACUGAUGGAACCCCUUCAGAAACGUGUCGUUUUAUACACGCGCACUCUUUCCCUACCCAAGAAUCAUCAACCAUUGAAGAUAAAGGAACCGUGUCCCAAGUGCCAGCAUGUGCAGUCCAGAAUGGAAAAACAUUGCGUUACAACAAUAAUUCCAUAUUAGUUGAUGCUUUUGGGAAAUCUGGACGAUCUCGUAUUGGAGCUUUUAUUGGUUUUAAGAUUCUCAAGGAUAGUGAUCCAAAAGAACUAACUAGCUAUAUAACAAGCGUUUCAGAAUUUGGUUUUAAUCAUAUAAUUAUUAUUGGGGAGAUUUACUCUGGAAUUGUCUUUUUAGAUUGUUAUGGUCGUGUUUUUGUGUGGGAAGAUGAAGGUCAAAUGGUGUUUCCACUUGGGGGUUCCCCUGAAGAAGCAUCAAAAAGAUCAAUAGGAGGAGAUAAGUUGGGAUGGUUUGUGGAGAAUGGAAAUGUAUAUAUGUAUAUUAAGAAACCUCAACCUUGUUUCUUCCAGUUUGAUACAAUAAGGGGAACGUAAAACAAGAAAGACAAAAGUUCGGGGUGAAGAGUAUCAUUAAUAUGAUUAAAAUUAUUAAUUAUGCAUUAUUUUAAAAAAUUAAAUGUAUCUUAACUACUCACAUUAUCUUUUUAACCUAAUAAAGUAUGCUAUUGCGCCACAAGUCAUAUACGAUUGUUAUCCUUAGUAUUAUGUAUCUGUAUUCCACAUAUAUAAAUAUCAAUAAAGUUUCGCCCCUCGGGGAUAUAAUUU